UUUUUGCGGUACGCGGGCCUCUCACCGCCGUGGCCUCCCCCGCUGCGGAGCACAGGCUCCGGAUGCGCAGGCCCAGCGGCCACGGCUCACGGGCCCAGCCACUCCGCGGCAUGUGGGAUCUUUCCGGACCGGGGCACGAACCCAUAUCCCCUGCAUUGGCAGGCGGACUCUCAACCACCGCGCCACCAGGGAGGCCCUGUCUUUAUUUCUUAAUGACUUAUAUUCCAACUUGGGAUUCUACCAAACUGCUUUGUGAUUUGGUGUGCUUAUAACUGCAUGUGAAAGCUGUAUACCUGCACAAGUGGUGGCUGCCAUUGAUAUAAACACUGUCGCUAAUGAAGUAUACAAGUAUAAUUUUCCUCACACACAGUUACUGGCCAAGACAAUUGAAAAUUGGCCUGCAAGGGGAUGUGACUGAUCCAAGGACGAAUAGCUUCUUAUAUAUUCUAGACAUUCUCCCAAGGUUACAAAAAUUACCGAAGUAUAUUCUUUUAGAAAAUGUUAAAGGUUUUGAAGUAUCUUCUACAAGAGACCUGUUAAUACAAACAAUAGGAAAUUGUGGCUUUCAGUACCAAGAAUUUCUGUUGUCUCCAACCUCUCUUGGCAUUCCAAAUUCAAGGCUACGGUAUUUCCUUAUUGCAAAGCUUCGGUCAGUGCCGUUCCCUUUUCAAGCCCCUGGUCAGGUACUGAUGGAGUUCCCCAAAACUGAAUCUGAACAUCCACAAAAACAUGUGAUAGAUGCAGAAAAGAAAAUUGAAAAAAAGAAAAUGGAAGAAAAGAAAAUCGAGCCAAAUAUCUGCUUUGAUAGCAGCACACAAUGUUCUGGAAAAGAGGCCAUUCUUUUUAAGCUCGAAACUGCGGGAGAAAUUGACAGGAAACGUCAACAGGACAGUGAUCUCUCUGUGCGAAUGCUAAGAGAUUUUCUUGAAGAUGACGUUGACUUGAAUUCAUACUUUUUACCACCAAAGUCAUUGCUACGAUAUGCUCUUUUGUUAGACAUUGUUAAGCCCACAUCCAGAAGGUCCACAUGCUUUACGAAAGGUUAUGGACGCUACAUAGAAGGGACAGGAUCUGUGUUGCAGACUGCGGAGGAUGUGCAGAUUGAGAAUAUCUACAAAUCCCUUACCAAUUUGUCACAAGAAGAAAAGAUAACAAGAUUGUUAAUGCUUCAACUUCGAUUUUUCACUCCUAAAGAAAUAGCAAAUCUCCUUGGAUUUCCUCCAGAGUUCGGAUUUCCUGAGAAGACAACAGUCAAACAGCGUUAUCGUCUGCUUGGAAAUAGUCUCAAUGUGCAUGUAGUAGCUCAACUAAUCAAAAUCCUAUGUGAAUAAUUUUUAAGUAACUCUGAAAGAUGGUGGCAGUAUUCCAUUAUAUCCAGAUAAUAAUUCUGAAAUUCUUUUUUUAAUUAAUUUUGACAAAAUUCAACUAAAUUAUCUUAUUCUCUCGUUAAUAAGAAUUUGGAUUUAUCAGGAAAAUGCCAUUUUGUUUCCUUAAGUUUAUAUUACUGUGUUUUAUAAGGUGAAAAUUAUUGUUAUGCUUU